GGAACACGUCCGUGAUAUGAGUCCCGGGGGCCGGAGCGCAGGAUGGCGGCGGUCGGUGCUGCUGCUGAGGCCGAGUCGUCGGACAGUGAGCCGGAGCAGGAGCACGGCUCCCCGCAGAAACUCAUUCGGAAGGUCUCCACGUCCGGUCAGAUCCGAAACAAGACGAUUUUAAAAGAGGGAAAGUUGAUGAAACAGACAAACUUUCAGCGCUGGAAGAGACGUUACUUUAAACUGCGGGGAAGAACACUGUAUUACGCUCAGACGGCCAAGUCAAUUAUUUUUGAUGAAGUGGAUCUGACAGAUGCCAGCGUAGCAGAAUCGAGCACGAAGAACGUCAACAACAGCUUUACUGUAAUCACUCCGUGUCGUCGGCUGGUUCUGUGUGCUGAAAACAGGAAAGAGAUGGAGGAAUGGAUCGCGGCGCUGAAGAGUGUUCAGAACAGAGAACACUUUGAGUCCACUCAGUUCAGCAUGGAUCAUUUCUCUGGGAUGCAUAACUGGUACGCCUGUUCUCACGCUCGCCCCACGUACUGUAACGUCUGUCGGGAGGCUCUGUCUGGAGUCACGUCUCACGGACUGUCCUGCGAAGUGUGUAAGUUCAAGGCUCACAAGCGUUGUGCGGUCAGAGCCACUAAUAACUGCAAGUGGACGACACUGGCUUCUAUCGGUAAAGACAUUCUGGAGGAUGAGGAGGGGAUCUCGAUGCCUCAUCAGUGGCUGGAGGGGAAUCUGCCCGUCAGCGCCAAAUGCACCGUGUGCGACAAAACCUGUGGCAGCGUCCUGAGACUGCAGGACUGUCGCUGUUUGUGGUGCAAAGCCAUGGUGCAUGCUGGGUGCAGGGACCAGCUCUCGCCGAAGUGCCCGCUGGGUCAGUGUAAAGUCUCAGUGAUUCCACCCACCGCCCUCAACAGCAUCGACUCAGACGGCUUCUGGAAGGCGACGUGUCCUCCGAGCUGCACGAGUCCGCUGCUGGUGUUCGUGAACAGUAAAAGUGGAGAUAAUCAGGGCGUGAAGUUCCUGCGGCGCUUCAAGCAGCUGUUGAAUCCUGCUCAAGUGUUCGAUCUGAUGAACGGAGGGCCACACCUGGGCUUGCGUCUGUUUCAGAAGUUCGACACCUUUCGUAUUCUGGUGUGUGGAGGAGACGGCAGCGUCGGAUGGGUUUUAUCAGAGAUAGACGCGCUGACUUUACACAAACAGUGCCAGCUCGGCGUACUUCCUCUAGGAACAGGAAAUGACCUGGCGAGAGUUUUGGGCUGGGGCUCGGCGUGUGACGAUGACACACAGUUACCACAGAUCCUGGAGAAACUAGAGCGAGCCAGUACUAAGAUGCUGGACAGAUGGAGUAUUAUGGUAUACAAGACCAAGUUACCACGACAUCACUCCGGCUCCACAGUAACAGAGGACUGCAGUGAGGACUCCGAGGUGCAGCACAUUCUGACCUAUGAAGACUCAGUCGCUGCUCAUCUCUCCAAAAUCCUGACGUCGGACCAGCACUCUGUGGUCAUUUCAUCCGCCAAAGUCCUGUGUGAGACGGUAAAAGACUUUGUUUUGAAAGUCGGACGUGCUUACGAGAGAAACACCGAAAACUCUGAAGAGUCAGAGGCCAUGGCUAAAAAGUGUGGUGUGCUAAAAGAAAAGCUGGACUCGUUAUUGAAAACUCUUAACGAGGAAGCCCAGGCUAGCAGUGUGUUGUCUGCGCCUCCACCCACCAUCGCUGAGGAGCAGGUGGAUGGGGAGGGUGUGUUUCUGGCUCCGCCCACUGCCCCGCCCACACUCACGGCCCCUUGCUUGCCUCGGCCGCCUGCCGCUAUCUUCAAACCCCGAGAACAGCUGAUGCUUCGCGCCAACAGCCUGAAGAAAGCCAUCAGACAAAUCAUAGAGCACACCGAGAAAGCGGUGGAUGAACAGAACGCUCAAACGGAGGAGGGUUUGCGCUCUCUGCCGGCGGAGGAAGAAGAGGAGGAUGAUGGUUCAGAAGCGUUGUCAUACAGCAGCAUCAGAGCGCGAGCCAGCAGACGAGCGUCUAAGACUCCAUGUGAGAAGCUCAUCAGUAGAGGAAGCCUGUCCAUAGGCAGCUCCGCCUCACUUCCUGUUCAGACAGGAAGCAGAGAGAACAUGCCCAUGCUGAACACUAAGAUCCUCUACCAAAGUCUCAGAGCAGGUGUGUCUGGCUCUUUGAGCGGCUCGGUGAUCACCAGGCUGCUGGUCAACGCUGAUCCGUUCAGCUGUGAUCCGGAGAACCUGGAUCUGUUCACGGAGAAAUGUGUGAUGAAUAAUUAUUUCGGGAUCGGUCUGGAUGCUAAGAUCUCUCUGGACUUCAACAACAAACGUGACGAGCAUCCGGAGAAAUGCAGGAGUCGCACUAAAAACAUGAUGUGGUAUGGAGUCCUGGGAACCAAAGAACUUCUGCACAGAACCUACAAGAACCUGGAGCAGAGAGUUCUGCUGGAGUGUGACGGGAGGCCGAUCUCUCUUCCCAGUCUUCAGGGAAUCGCCGUGCUGAAUAUUCCCAGUUACGCAGGAGGAACCAACUUCUGGGGCGGAACUAAAGAGGACGAUACGUUCAUGGCACCGUCGUUUGACGAUAAGAUCCUGGAGGUGGUGGCUGUGUUCGGCAGCAUGCAGAUGGCUGUGUCUAGAGUGAUUAAUCUACAGCAUCACCGUAUCGCACAGUGUCGGACAGUGAAGAUCACUAUUCUGGGAGAUGAAGGCGUCCCUGUGCAGGUGGACGGGGAGGCGUGGAUCCAACCGCCCGGAUACAUCCGGAUCCUCCACAAGAACCGCACACAAACCCUCACCAGAGACCGGGCGUUCGAGAACACUCUGAAGUCGUGGGAGGACAAACAGAGAGGCGAGAUUCCACGGCUGGUUUCCCAGCAUGCAUUGCAGCCGGAGAUCGUUUCUGAAGAGGAAGCCACUCAGAUCAGUCUGUUCGGACAGGCAGCCGGUGCACUCAUACACAGUAUCAGGGAAGCAGCACAGUCUCAUCACACGAUCGAGCAGGAAUUGGCUCAUGCAGUCAACGCUAGCUCUAAAGCCAUGGAUCUGGUGUACGCUAACUCCAAAAGCAGCGGGGGUCUGACCUGUAACGUGGUGAUGGAGAUGGUCAGUAAUGUCAAAGCUCUGCACAGUGAGACGCAGCUGCUGCUCGCGGGAAAGAUGAGUCUGCAGCUGGAUGCUCCUCAGAGAGAUCAUCUGAGCGCUGCGUUGAGUUCAGUCGCUCUGCAGUUACGCAGACUCACAGACAUCAGCUGGAUCAGUCAGCUCAUCGAGCCGGCCGACGACGAGGGUCAGCUGUCCGAUUUCUCCAAGCGCACUCGCAGCGCUAAAUUCCGCCUCGUGCCCAAAUUCAAGAAAGACAAAAACAACAAAAACAAGGAGACGUGCGCCGCCCUCAACAUGCCAGUGAAUACGUGGGGUGUGGAGGAAGUGGGCGUCUGGCUGGAGAUGCUCUGUCUGUCCGAGUAUAAGGAGAUCUUCAUCAGACAUGAUAUCAGAGGACCAGAGCUGCUUCAGCUGGAGAGGAGAGACCUGAAGGAUCUGGGAGUGACUAAAGUCGGUCACAUGAAGCGGAUCCUGCAGGGAAUCAGGGAUUUGAGUCGAAACAGCACAACCAGUGAAGCCUAGACGCUCCGCAGCCAAUCAGAUGCCUCGUUCGGACGUGACAGCUUCACUCAGCCAAUCAGACGCUCCGUCACGACUGGAAGCAGCCAUACUCCGCCACUCGACCAAUCACAGUGCCUUCUGUCCUCCAACUGUGUGACAUCAUCGCUUUAGGGGAAAUAUUUUACUUGAUAGAAGGGGGAGAUUUAUCAUAUAAUGUAGAAUGAUUCACAGAUUUAGCAUUCAGCAAACAUGGAAUCACACUUUCACUUCCUUAAAGUAACAAAUGUUUGUCAAAUCAUCAAAACGGAAUAACUUCCUCCACCUGUCAAACAGCUUUUCCUUUCCGCUUUUAAAAUGAAAGGUGUGGUGAAUGUUGUUUCAUACAACCGUGGGUCAGAAACCUUUAACUUGAUGCAUUUGGCUGAUGCUUUUAUCCAAAGUGCAUUGCAUAAAAUAAAACAAAAACGUAAAAAAGUAAAUUAUUCAAAUAAAUAAAAGUGUGUGAUGCCUUAAAAUGCUGUCUAAGUAGGGAGCUCACUAGGUUUGGGAUGGAGAAAGUUUCAUGAGACCUUUAACAUGUUGUUGUGACAAUCAGCUGUAUCGACCAAUCAGACGCUCCGCUUUGCCCCGCUCUUCUUCCUGGAUGCCUUAUCCUUCCACCAGCUUUCUGAUGAAUCACAUAUCAGUCUGAAACACACAUCUGACAGAGAUAUGUAUUUGUUGUAAAAGAGCAUCGACAGCAGAGUAUUUCAGUCUUAACCUGGCGUGACGUGACACAAGCCAUCUCUUUUAUGCAAAUCUGAUUCCAAAGUAGCCCCGCCCACAGUGAAAUCUCAUUGGUGGAAAAUCUCCAGUUCUCAUGAAUAUACAUCAGUGGUUUUUAACUAGACAUUAAAAUAAGCCAAAACAACUAAAAAACAAUACUUUUCCAAUUUUAUUUCACAUACUAAACAAGUAUUUAACGAACAAAUCUUGUAAACCCUGGAAAAGUCAUCAAACUGUAUGAGCAUUUAUAUUAAAGCACAUUAAACCAAGCUCUAAAACUGUAACUAGGUUUUAUUUUCAUGCAUUUAAUCCAAAGUGACUUGCAUUGAAUUCAAGGAUAAACUGACAAACAAAUAAAUAUCAAAAAUAAAGAGGUGAAAUAAUUAUUUUUAGUAAAUUAUAAUAAAUCAUAAAAUACCAAGCUCUAAAAUAUUUUAAAUUGUAAUAAUAAUACUUAUGCAGUAAAUUAAAAAAAAAACUGUAAGACUCAUGCACAGUGGAGUCACAAAGGUUGAGAACCACUGCUAUAUAUUAUAAUUAUUAUGGACUUUUUUUAACAUGUUAACAGAUAGAAAAAUGUUUUUUAUUGUGUUUCUAAAUGCUUUUUUAUAAACUCUUCUGGGAUUGAACACCGACUGUGUCCGAGACAAACACUGACUUUACCCUUUAACUGCUUUACACACUUCAUGUGUGUUUGAGUCUACACGGUGUGUGUGUGUGUGUGUCUCCUUCACAUCUGGUCUUAAUCAGACUCGCAUCAUGUCAUAUUGGACUCCAGGGGCGUCCAAUCUCUCUGACUGUUAAAUAUUUAUUUUAUUGUUAAGUUAUAACUUACAUCCAUGUGACACGGUCCAUCUCUGAUUUUCGUUUUAGUAUAUUUUAACUUUUUUUGUAAAUAGGCCUUCACUAAGAUUGUAAAUAACUUGUUACUGUACAGUGAAAGCGUCUGUAUUAAAACAAGCUCUGUGUAACUCUGAA